CCCGCCACUGCCGCCAUCACACACGGAAGUGUGGAGGGAGCCUGGUGUACUGUCAACUGACAGGCCAGUCCAAGGGCUUAAAUGUAAAUGCAUCAGCUGAGGCGGGAAGUCAGGAGGGGUAAGUCAAUCACUAUUAUUCAUUAACUGGAAUGCAUUUCUCAGAUUAUUCCAAGCUGGAGUAGGGAAACUGCCACCUAGGUGGCAGGGCAGAGGGACACUGGGUGGGAGGGGGAGGCAGGCCUCCCAGUUGCUGCGGUUCAGAAUAUGCCAGGUCCCACCUCCCAGAGGCGGGGCCGGGGCUGAGUCCCGCCAGCCUCGUUUCUCCAUCCCUCUGAGAACCCAGACAGGGGCAGAGCCUGGGUAGGAGAGCCUGGCCCCGCUGUCUCCACCGGGUGGAGACACCAUGCGCUUGGUCCACUUGUGCUCUUCAGCCAGGACACCAGACAUGGUCCAAACCCCUGCAGGGCUGGCUGCAGCAACUCCCUGACACUCAGGAAGGCCCAGGCUGGGCAGGCAAUACCUGCUCCCAACAGCCAUCAACAGCAGCUGCUCCCCUGUUGACAGAAGCAGGAGUUCCCACAGGACCCAGGACCCCUCCCCCGUCCCCAGGAUGUGGCAGCAGAGCCAUGACACUGGAGGACUGAGACCAGGGAAUGACGGGAAGGACAGGGACAGAUGAGAGCCACAGAGAAGCCAGGCUUUGCCCACUGACUCCUCUUCCCUCUCCUUUGGGCUCAGCCUCAGGCCUGGGGGUGUUGGGGAGUCCCUGUCCUUGCUGCUGGCAUCUCCAUGUUCACUGCCACAGGUCCCCUCCUGCUGCUUCUCUCCUCCCUCCAGCUCCCAGGAAGGACCCUGUUGCUAGUGUGGAGCAAAGACGAGUCAAGUUUAUGGGCUGGAAGUCCUACCCGGAGGCUGCUCACUGAGCUGUGAUGGCUACAAGGACAGAUAGGGGGAAGGGCACAGGGUGCCCGAGACCUGGCCCACUGGAGCCUGUCACCUCAUGGCCGGCCAGAAGACCACUACACACCAGCCAGCCCUGGUCCAUUCUUUUGGCUCAUUUAGGGGCCUCCCCGGUGGAGGCAGGGAUACACAAAAUGCUUUGGGGCUGGAUGGACCCGCCUUUCAGUCUAAACAAGAGACCUAAACACAGCUGCCCAGAAAAGGCAGCUACCAGAAAUGGAUAAAGCUGGCUGGGUGGGGACUGUCCGAAGGGCAGCCAGUGGUGAGCUCCGGCUGGUUGCUACCAUAUAGGACAUAUGUGUUGCCAGAUGUGAUUUUUCAAUAGAAACCAAAGAUAGUUUUUUAUAUAAAUGUUUAAUUGGCAAUUAAUUGAAAAAUUCUGUGUAUCAGCGAACAUAAUACAGCCCACAGCCUGCGGGUCUGUGCCCGUGGACUACCAUGCCGCCCUGCCAGGAGGACACGACCUGCAGCCCCAUCCUAACUCUGGCCACCCCAUCCUGCAGGCAUGCCGGCUGCCACUCCAGGACUCCCCCAUCCUCAGGACCGAGAUGACGCCCAACAGCACUGGCGAGGUGCCCAGCCCCAUUCCCAAGGGGGUUCUGGGGCUCUCCCUGGCCCUGGCAAGCCUCAUCGUCACGGCGAACCUGCUGCUAGCCUUGGGCAUUGCCUGGGACCGCCACCUGCGCAGCCCGCCUGCUGGCUGCUUCUUCCUGAGCCUGCUGCUGGCUGGGCUGCUCACAGGUCUGGCAUUGCCCACGUUGCCAGGGCUGUGGAACCAGAGUCGCCGGGGUUACUGGUCCUGCCUCCUCCUCUACUUGGCUCCCAACUUCUCCUUCCUCUCCCUGCUCGCCAACCUCCUGCUGGUGCACGGGGAGCGCUACAUAGCAGUCCUGAGGCCACUCCAGCCCCCUGGGAGCACUCGGCUGGCCCUGCUCCUCACCUGGGCUGGCCCCCUGCUCUUUGCCAGUCUGCCCGCUCUGGGGUGGAACCACUGGACCCCUGGUGCCAACUGCAGCUCCCAGGCUAUCUUCCCAGCCCCCUACCUCUACCUCGAAGUCUAUGGGCUUCUGCUGCCCGCUGUGGGUGCUGCUGCCCUCCUCUCUGUCCGCGUGCUGGUCACUGCCCACCGCCAGCUGCAGGACAUCCGCCGGUUGGAGCGGGCAGUGUGCCGCGAUGAGCCCUCGGCCCUGGCCCGGGCCCUUACCUGGAGGCAGGCAAGGGCGCAGGCUGGAGCCAUGCUGCUCUUCGGGCUGUGCUGGGGGCCCUACGUGGCCACACUGCUUCUCUCAGUCCUGGCCUAUGAGCAGCGCCCACCACUGGGGCCCGGGACUCUGUUGUCCCUCAUCUCCCUGGGAAGUGCCAGUGCAGCGGCAGUGCCCGUGGCCAUGGGGCUGGGCGAUCAGCGCUACACAGCCCCCUGGAGGGCAGCCGCCCAAAGGUGCCUGCAGGGGCUGCGGGGAAGAGCCUCCCGGGACAGUCCCGGCCCCAGCACUGCCUACCACCCAAGCAGCCAAAGCAGCGUCGACCUGGACUUGAACUAAAGGAAGGGCCUCUGCUGACUCCUACCAGAGCAUCCAUCCAGCUCAGCCACCCAGCCUGUCUCCACUGGGCCCCACUUCUCUGGAUCAGAGACCCUGCCUCUAUUUGACCCCACACUGACUGAAUAAAGCUCCUCUGGCUGUUUAUGCUUA